GCCCCCACCACCCCGACGAUCCCCCAACUCCCCAACGUCCCCACGACCUCCUCGUCAGCUGGGGGUGCUCUCCCAGAGGACCCCCUCACCGUCGGGGGCGCACGUCCAGACGACCUCCCCACCACCGGGGGUCACCCGCUCCGACCACCCUCCUCCUCACCAGGGAGACCCGCGCCGAUAACUCUCUCCACUGCCAGUGACACCCGCCCCGACGACUCCCCUACCGCCGAGAGUGGUCCACCCCAACGACCCCCCUCACCUCCGAGGCUCGGCAGCCCCAACGACCCUUCCACCGUCGCGGAGAGUCCGCCCCGACGACCCCCCUCCCGAAGGGCACGCACACCCCGACGACCACUCCCCCCCUCCGCUGGGGACGGUCGCCCUCACAAUUCCUCCCCCCGCCCAUGACCACCCAACCUACCGGGUCCCAGGAGCAGCCCCCUCCAGGCGUUCCCGCUCCUCCCCUGGUCCUGCCUCUACCCCCAACAAGGCAAAGUCGCGUUUGACCCCCGGAACGAUGGCCUCCGCGCCAUGUGUCAUCCCCCCUCCAAAGUGCCGGCUGAUGGCCCUUGGACUCUCUAACUCCGAGCCAAAGGAACCUUAAGGCGCCGCUGGGGGGCGACGGGGUUGAGCGGAGCAGCUCCGCAUCCUCUGACCCUCCAUGGCCCUUGUCCUCCAGUGUAACGCCCAUCCCUGCUUCCCUCGGGUCCGCUGCAUCAACACCAGCCCUGGCUUCCGAUGCGAGGCCUGUCCUUCGGGGUAUAGCGGCACCACCCACGAAGGUGUGGGGCUGCCCUUCGCCAAGGCCAACAAGCAGGUUUGCACGGACAUUAACGAGUGUGAGACUGGGCAGCAUAACUGCGUCCCCAACUCCGUGUGCGUCAACACCCGGGGCUCCUUCCAGUGCGGCCAGUGCCAGCCUGGCUUCGUGGGCGACCAAGCUUCCGGCUGCCGUCCGCGCGCCCAGCGCUUGUGCCCCGACGGCACUCCCAGCACGUGCCACGAGAAGGCCGACUGUGUCCUGGAGCGUGAUGGCUCGAAAUCCUGUGUGUGUGCCAUCGGCUGGGCUGGCAACGGGGUUCUCUGCGGCCGAGACACCGACCUGGACGGCUUCCCAGAUGAGAAGCUGCGUUGCUCAGAGCGCCACUGCCGCAAGGACAACUGCGUGACUGUGCCCAACUCAGGGCAGGAGGACGUGGAUCGCGACGGCAUCGGAGAUGCCUGCGACCCCGAUGCCGACGGGGACGGAAUCCUAAACGAGGAGGACAACUGCCCGUUGGUCCGGAACCCAGACCAACGCAAUUCGGAUGAUGACAAGUGGGGCGAUGCGUGUGACAACUGCCGAACCCAGAAGAACGAAGACCAGAAGGACACAGACCAGGACGGCAAAGGAGACGCUUGCGACGAUGACAUCGACGGUGACCGGAUCCGAAACGCAGUGGACAACUGUCCAAGGGUGCCUAACUCAGACCAGAAGGACAGUGAUGGUGAUGGUGUAGGGGAUGUCUGUGAUAACUGUCCCCAGAAGAGCAACCCAGACCAGAGGGAUGUGGACCACGACUUUGUGGGAGAUGCUUGUGACAGCGACCAAGACCAGGACGGGGAUGGGCACCAGGACUCUCGGGACAACUGCCCCACAGUGCCCAACAGCGCCCAGCAGGACUCAGACCGCGAUGGACAGGGUGAUGCCUGCGAUGAGGAUGACGACAACGACAGAGUCCCUGACAAUCGGGACAACUGCCGCCUGGUGCCCAACCCGGGCCAGGAAGACUCAGAUCGGGAUGGCGUAGGUGAUGCGUGCCAGGGCGACUUCGAUGCUGACAAGGUGGUGGACAAGAUCGAUGUUUGUCCGGAGAAUGCCGAGAUCACCCUCACCGAUUUUCGGGCCUUCCAGACGGUGGUGCUGGACCCCGAGGGUGACGCACAAAUAGACCCCAACUGGGUGGUGCUCAACCAGGGGAUGGAGAUUGUGCAGACGAUGAACAGCGACCCUGGCCUGGCUGUGGGCUACACUGCUUUCAAUGGCGUGGACUUCGAAGGCACAUUUCAUGUGAACACUGUCACAGACGAUGACUACGCUGGCUUCAUCUUUGGCUACCAGGACAGCUCGAGCUUCUACGUGGUCAUGUGGAAGCAGAUGGAGCAGACGUACUGGCAGGCCAACCCCUUCCGUGCUGUGGCUGAACCUGGAAUCCAGCUCAAGGCUGUGAAGUCCUCCACGGGCCCUGGGGAGCAGCUGCGGAAUGCGCUGUGGCACACAGGGGACACAGCAUCACAGGUGCGGCUGCUGUGGAAGGAUCCCCGCAACGUGGGCUGGAAGGACAAGACGUCCUACCGCUGGUUCCUGCAGCACCGGCCCCAAGUGGGCUACAUCAGAGUGCGGUUCUACGAGGGCCCUGAGCUGGUGGCUGACAGCAAUGUGGUCUUGGAUACAACUAUGCGGGGUGGCCGCCUGGGUGUCUUCUGCUUCUCCCAGGAGAACAUCAUCUGGGCCAACCUGCGCUACCGCUGCAAUGACACCAUCCCGGAAGACUAUGAGACCCAGGGGCUGCUGCAGGCCUAGGGAUGGGUGGAGACCUGCCAUUAGAUGACGGCCACCCUCAGGCCUGGAGCACUGAGGGACAGCCAACCUUGGGGAAGGGAAGAGAUCAGAGAGGACAAAAUAAAGUGUGUUCGGCAGGA